CAUUUGGGAAAACUACUUCGAUGAUACUACAGAGCUAAUAUGUGCCUUGCUAAACUCGCAGGUUACAUAUGCGAGGAAGUUGCAGACUGAGAUAGCUAAGCACUUACCCGGAAGGACUGAUAACGAGAUCAAGAAUUUCUGGAAUUCUUGCAUCAAGAAAAAGCUCCUUGCUCAGGGCUUGGAUCCGAACACUCACAACUUCCUAUCCACCAAAACAACUACUACUAAUACUUCUUCUUCUUCUUCAUAUAAAAUUUAUAUCAUUAAAAACAACAACAAUAAUGCUACUAAUAUAAACACCAUUCUCUGGGUUUUUUUUUUUGCACUAAAAUUGAGUCAACUGAAAAAACUACCCGAAAUGAAAAAUUACCUUGUGCCUUUUCUUCCACGAGUGACGACGGCCAACAUCCGGCAGAUAACCGGCGACAUCGUCGGAGAGAGGUAUGUCUUUCUAUUUUUCUUUUAUUUUUCUUUUUAUUCUUUCCCCUUCUUGCUUCAGACCUUCUCCACCUGUGACGCCGCUGGUUGUGGAAGUUGCCUGUUGCGGUUAAACUUCCGUCGCUGGCGAAUACUCUGGUGGGACCUGAGCGCGACUUUACUGCAAGUGCCGUUGGGUUGGGACUUCUCUUUUCUCUUUGAUGUUUGUACUGUGU